UCACCGCGGGGUCGCGGGCCCUGCGCGCUGCCGCGCUCUCGAUGCUCCAGGAGGACAGAGCGGCCCCUCCGUUGCCAUGGCUUCUCAGUUCGGCCGCCGGAAGAAGGCAGCCCGGCUAGGCGCCCGCUAGUUUCGGCGGCGACGAGCAGCGGGACGACGGAAGAAACGCGCGUGGCGGGUCCAGGGGCGGAGCGCACGGGAGCUUGGAACCGCGGAGGCGGCGGGAGCCGGGCUAGCGUUUUCCUCCCGAUCGCUGGGCGUAGCAGCUCUCCCAAGCCCACUCCCACGCUCUCUCCCCUCUGUGUGCCCCUCCCAGAGCGAGCCGCCCGCCGUGUGGAAGGAUGGCGGUGAGCCACUCAGUGAAGGAGCGGACCAUCUCCGAGAACAGCCUGAUCAUCCUGCUGCAGGGCCUGCAGGGCCAGGUCACCACCGUGGACCUGCGAGAUGAGAGCGUGGCCCGCGGACGCAUAGACAACGUCGACGCUUUCAUGAACAUCCGCCUGGCCCAGGUCACCUACACGGACCGUUGGGGGCAUCAGGUCGAGCUGGACGACCUCUUUGUGACGGGCCGGAAUGUCCGUUACGUCCACAUCCCCGAUGACGUGAACAUCACUGCGACCAUUGAGCAGCAGCUACAGAUCAUCCAUCGCGUGCGCACCUUUGGCGGCAAGGGGCAAGGCCGGCGAGAAUUUCCCUCCAAAAAGUAUAAGUGAGCCUGUCCCCUCAGCCAGCCCUGGUCCCCACUCCGGUUCCUCCAGAGUUCUACUGAGCCAAAGCCUGCUCUCCCUCCCCACCCAGAACCUGGGCGGGGAGCAGGGCCAGCCCAGAAGCUGGUGUCUGACAGACAUCACCUGUCACAGCUGCCUUUCACAGGGUCCCACCUCCCAGACUCACCCUGGGACCCGGAAUUCUAGUUAUCUGUCUGUGGCCUUGGGGUAGAUGACAGUCCCCCCUUUUGAUCAUUAUUUGUCUGAAUCUCUGAUUUAGGGAAUCUGUCAAACAGUUUUCAACCCUCUCCCAGCGAGGAUUAUUAAAUGUGCUCGGCCUGAGCGUCCCCAUUUCUCU